GCUGGGGCAAAACUACCACCUGCAUAUAACUCCCUACUUGUGCAAUUUGCUUUGGAUGCCAGUCUGCUAUUGGACUAAGUUCAAGGUAUUGCUUCUGAUGUACAAGGCCUUAUGCGGCUCAGGACCAGGUUACUUGAGAAACUGCCUCGUCCCUUAUACACCCAGUAGAUUGCUGUGGUCUGUGGAAGGUCUUCUGUAGGUCUUCUGUAAGUUCCAAAGAUUUCAGAAGCCUGCUGCACAGUACUGUAACUCAGAUCAGGGAUUUCAGUGCUUUGAGAUUGUUGUUUAGAUGAAGAUUAAUCAGUGAUGAUGAUGAUGAUUAUGAUGAUGACAACAACAACAACAACAUCAUCAUCAUCAUUUUAUAUCUUUCUUACUUUAUUUCAUAAAAUGUAUUCACCACUUGACUGCAAAAAAAUAAAAAAUCCUUAAGGCAGUUUAGAACAACAUGCUGUUGUCCUGCCUUCUUGAAAGCUGGCACCAUGACCUUGACCAAGGGCUCCUUCACCUACUCCAGCGGGGAGGAAUAUUGUGGGGAGUGGAAGGAAGGGCGCCGGCAUGGUGUUGGGCAGUUGACAUUUGCUGAUGGCAGCAUUUACCUGGGACACUUUGAGAAUGGUCUCUUCAAUGGCUGUGGGGUGCUCACUUUUGCAGAUGGCUCCAGGUAUGAAGGGGAGUUUGUACAGGGGAAAUUCAACGGCGUUGGAGUCUUCACACGGUAUGACAACAUGACCUUCGAGGGAGAAUUCAAGGGUGGACGCGUUGAUGGCUUUGGGCUUCUGACUUUUCCUGAUGGCUCUCAUGGAAUCCCCCGCAAUGAAGGCUUCUUUGAGAACAACAAACUCUUGCGACGGGAGAAGUGCCCGGCAGUGGUCCAGCGUGCUCAGAGUGCCUCUAAAUUGGCGCAUGGCCUCACAGCAUGAUGGGGGCAAGCUCUAAAGCACCCUACCCCAGGACUCUCCCAUGAAACUGCAGCUCAACCUGGGGGUUGGCAGGAGUGUGGAGUGCAGGAGUCACAGAGACAGACACCAGCCCUGAUCAGGUGGGCACCCUACCUGAGUCACUUCCUUAAAACAGCCUGGCCCCCAUAGUGUAAUCCAGUGCCAAAACUCAACUUAUAGAGCCACUGUCCCCUGCCAAACAGUGAGUCUGUCACUCCUGAGGCUGUGGCAUUCCUUUGUCAAGAGCGUUCUCCAUAGGACAGUCUUCUAGUGCUAUAGCCUCAGUUGCAGUGGGAACGGUGGGAUGUGUGUGUGUGUGUGUGUGUG